GAGGUGGAAAAGGAAUGGAAGGCCCCAUUCUACUUCAUCCAGGGAGCGGACCCUCAGUUUGGGCUCAUGAAAGCCUACGCUAUUGGUGACUGCAGCAGCGGAGGUGAUGAAUGGGACCAAGAGCUUACGCUCAUGAAGCAAGCGGUGCAAGCCAUCAACCAGCUGAGCCCCAAGCCCAAGUUCUUUGUGAUCUGUGGCGAUCUCGUACACGGCAUGCCAGGGACUCCUUGGCGAGAGGCGCAGACCCAUGACUUGAAAAAUGUUCUGAAGGGCCUCAGCCGUGAGAUCCCUGCAGUGUUCGUCAGCGGCAACCACGACCUUGGGAACGCGCCUACUCCAGAAACGAUUGACGAUUAUUGCCAGCAGUGGGGAGACGAUUACUUUGCCUUCUGGGCAGGGGGGAUUUUUUUCCUCGUCCUCAAUUCUCAGCUCUACUUCGAUCACUCGAAAUGCCUGGAACAGAAGCAGGCUCAGGACACGUGGCUGGACGAGCAGCUCACCCUCGCAGAAAGGAGAGCGUGCAAACAUGCCGUGGUGUUUCAGCACAUCCCCUUGUUUCUCCAGUCACCCGAGGAAGACCAUGACUACUUCAACCUGGAGAAGUCGAUUCGACAGGAAUUGCUGGACAAAUUCCGCAAAGCAGGUAUUAAAGCAGUGUUUUCUGGACAUUACCAUCGGAAUGCUGGAGGGUCCUACAAAGAUCUUGAGAUGGUUGUUUCGUCUGCUAUAGGAUGCCAGCUGGGAGAAGACACCCAUGGUCUGAGGGUGGUGGUUGUCACUGCUGAAAAGAUUGUUCACAGAUACUACAGUUUAGAUAAGCUGAACAAUCAAGGGAUAGAGAAAGAUCUUAUGGAUUUGCUUAAGCAAAAUUAGUCCUUUUCUUCCUGUGUCAAACAUAUUUGACUAAUCCAGUCUAGGCAGGGUAAUUCAGAUGUGUGCCUCCACCCUGCCUCACCUUUCUGCUUCUGCUGUUUCAUAUCUUUAGAACUAACCAACCAGUCAGUACCUGUCACCCUAAACACUGAUAUAGAAAGCCAAGCAGUGAGAGUUUAGCUGCACUUCUACAGUGUGUAUAAAUCUUCAGUUGUACAAUAAAAGUAAUGACAAUGCUAUUGAUUUUGUAAUUAAAAGAAAUUUUAAGACUGUCCCAUCCUUGGACUGGGUAGCUUUUAUAGUAGAGUAAACGGAUUCAUGAAUGAAGAUGGAAGGUUCUGCAUGGAUGACAACUCAAGAUACGAAAAGUUAUAGGGACCCAAGAAUGAUAUUUAAUGAUAUAGUAGUUUGCCACCUAAUUCAAAGCCAAUACUGGAUAUGCCAAACAGCCUCCUGGAUUUCCUGGGGGCUUGCAUCCCAUGGCUUUUGAAUAGCUGAGCUUGAAUUGGUGCAAGAGGCAAAGUGUGUGUCUGCUUGUGUGUGUUUGCAAGUGACUCCAACUCAAGAUGGGGGAACAGGAUAUAGUAGGUGUCUCAGAAGCAUAGCAGAAUAGGGGAAAUCAAUGGAAUGUGGUCAUCCCCUGUAUAAGCUCUGUAGCCAGGACAUGAAGGGAGAUGUGUUGUAUAUCAAAGAGGACAUAGAAUCAAAUAACUUAGAAAAUAUUAGGGGAAUGAACUUCCCAACAGAAGCAAUAUGGGCCAUAAGGGUUACUUAUCAGAGGGGUAGUACUAUCAGCCACCUGAUCAAACAUUAGAGGCUGAUCUUGAGAUGGAGAAGGAAAUAAAGGAGGUGACAAAACAGUUAAGAUCCUGGACUCUAAACUCAAACAUGGCAAACUGUUUUAUCUACUUGAAUGGUUGGAAUUUGGACCCCAGCACCGUGAAUGGGUGGAAGUAGGGGAUAUUUGGGCCCCUAAGCUCUUGCGUGACUUUCACCGGAGACUCCCGGAGAAACCGGGAAGUCUCCCGGAAUGACCGGGAUGUCUCCCAGACUGGGCAGGAGGUUGCUCUUUGGGUGGGCAGAAUGUCAGCUAUGCUGCCAUAAGGUUAAGGGGCCCCUCCUGGACCCCCUCCCUGUCCUGUGUACCAGCCUGAGUUGCAUUCCUUUCCCUGCGCUUCUCCUCUCCUUAUCUCUGACCUUGUAGGCUGCAGAUGUAGUGUCUCCACAUAACUCAUCCGUGAGACUGCUUUCGGUUCCCAGCUUUUAGUGCUAACGGCCCAGGUACUUGU